AUGAAGCCGCGCGAGGCCGCGGAGUUCCGCGUGGUGAGGGUCAACCAGGUGUGGGAGAAGGCGCAGCGGCUUCAUCUCUCUGCUGUGAAACUGGCAGAGUUGCACAGUGACCUAAAAAUACAAGAAAAGGAUGAGCUAAGCUGGAAAAAACUGAAGGCUGAAGGGCUCGAUGAAGAUGGAGAGAAAGAAGCCAAACUUAGACGCAACUUAAAUGUCAUUAUGACUAAAUAUGGCAUGAAUGGAAAGAAGGACUCUCAUCUACUUGAUACCAACUACAUUAAAGAUGGAACAGAAAGUGAUGCACUAGAUGAUCCAAGACUGGAAAAGUUGUGGAGCAAGGCCAAGACCUCUGGAAAGUUCUCUGAUGAGGAGCUGGAUAAGCUUUGGCGAGAGUUUAAGCAUCACAAAGAAAAGAUUCAUGAAUACAAUAUUCUGUUAGAGACCGUGAGCAGAACAGAAGAUAUUCACAAGAAUGUUAUCAACCCAUCUGAAGAGAACCUGGUGAAAGAAGAAAUCUUGCACAGCAAACACAGAGAACUCAAAGAGAAACUAAGAAGCAUCAAUCAGGGGUUUGAGCGUUUGCGUAAAGUCAGUCACCAGGGAUAUGACACAAACAGUGAGUUUGAGGAACCAAGAGUGAUUGACUUGUGGGACAUGGCCAAAUCAGCCAACUUUACUGAGAAAGAACUUGAAUCUUUUCGGGAGGAGCUGAAACACUUUGAAGCAAAAAUUGAAAAGCAUCAUCACUACCAGAAGCAAUUGGAGAUUUCACACCAGAAACUGAAGCAUGUAGCGGAAAUGGGAGAUAAGGAACAUCUGAGCAGAAACAAAGAGAAAUAUGCCAUGCUGGAAGAAAAGACAAAAGAACUCGGAUACAAGGUAAAGAAACACUUGCAAGACUUGUCCAGCAGAAUUUCUCAAGGUCUUCAACACAAUGAAUUAUAAACACUUUUUUUUUUUCCUCCUUCAUGGGAUCUAUCUGUUACUAUAAAACAAAAUGUUCUUCUGAAGAAGACUUACCGAGGAGUUCUUCUGAGAUACUGAUGAUUGAACUGAAUUGUCCUCUCUAAGAAAUUUUUUUUGGUCCACUAGUUUCAUACUUGCACUAUCAAGUUAAAUGAUUAGGUUAUAAA